AAUCGUUAAAUCAGCAACUGGCAUUGACAUUUGAAAAUUGACAAACAAGAAGUAAGAAGAGUAGAAACACAAAGGUUCAUUAGACAAUAUUUACAAAUGUUCGAGUAUGUUUUUGAUGAUCCGAGAUUAUUUUCAUGAAAAAUGUCUUUCCCGAAAGUAGAAGGAUAUGUUUUUACCGAGAAGCUGGGUUCGGGCAGCUAUUCAACUGUAUACAAAGCUUACACAAAGAUAGGUGCCCGUACAAUUGUAGCUAUAAAAUGUAUAGACAAGUCCAGUGUGAAGCAUUCUGGAGUAGCGGUGGAUAAUCUUAUCACAGAAAUAAGAUUAAUGAAGUCCUUAUCUCAUCCUCACAUUGUUCAUAUGAAAGAGUUCACUUGGGAUACUAAAAACAUUUAUAUAAUAAUGGAAUACUGCUGUGGUGGAGAUCUAUCCAAAUAUAUUCAAAGAUAUGGCAGAGUUCCUGAAAAACAGGUUUUAUAUUUCCUUCAACAACUAGCGUCAGCAUUGAAGUUUCUUAGAGAAAAAGGAGUGGCUCAUAUGGAUCUGAAGCCACAUAACUUGCUGUUACAUAAGCGUUCUGAUGGGAAAUAUUUGUUGAAAGUUGGUGAUUUUGGUUUCGCCCAACACCUGACUUCAGAGCGCAUGCGAUGUAUUCGUGGCUCGCCCUUAUACAUGGCCCCUGAGAUGAUAGCAGGAGAAUAUGACGCAAGAGUCGAUUUAUGGAGUACUGGUGUUAUCAUGUAUGAAUGUCUGUUUGGUCGGGCACCCUACGCGUCGACUACAUUACAAGAGCUUAUGAAAAAAAUACAAAGAAAGGAUCCCAUACAGAUUCCACCGAAUUCCUCAAUAUCUCCGGGUUGUUCUGAUCUCCUAAUUCGUCUGUUACAACACGAUCCGAAUAGACGUAUUUCGUAUGAAGAGUUCUUUAAUCAUGAGUAUCUGGACCUGGAGCACAUGCCAAGCAAAGAGAAUUAUGACAAGGCAGUGUGCUUAAUAAAGCAAGCUAUUGAGUUGGAUUGCUCUGGGUUGCUGGAGCCAGCGUUGCGUUGCUACAGCGAGGGGCUCCAAUACCUGGUUCCUGUCGUGCACAUGGAGACGGAUGCUAUGAGACGCACUGCCCUCACUGCUAAACUCACCAGAUAUAUGGAGCGCGCGGAAGAAAUAAUGCGAUAUGUCAAAUCACAACAGCAAAUGCCGAUAGUGUCAAGGGGCGAAGCCCUGCCUCCUGUGAUUGGGCGAAGCGCCUGUUGCGUUGGUGCCGCGUCGGGGAAUACGUAUGACUUUAAUAGUGUUGAUGGCGCUACAAGUUCUAACCUGGAAAAUGGGGGGCAGGAGACUGAUAAAUGUCAAAAUGAGCCUAUUGUACAAGAUAAGAAAAUGAAACCGGAAAAGUCUCGCUUCGCACGAUUUUUCGGUAGACCAGUGCCUUACUUAGAUAAAGAGAAUAAUACCGAGGAAACUAAACAAACAGACAAGAUUGAAGACAAUGCCGAUAUGUGCAAGAUAACAUAGAUAACAUUCGUAAUUUCUACGGAUCGUAAUCCAGUUUCUAUAAAUACGACCAAUUUAAUCUGCAGUAUAAAAAACCGAAUUUAAUAUGUGAUUGCCCCAAGUCGUAGCGCAAUAUUUAUUAUUUAUAGCCUUAUAUCAGAAUUAAGUGAGUGCCAGCGGCGAAUCCCAAAAAAAAAAACUAAAUGUAUUGAAAUUAUUUAAUUAAAUUCUACAAUUUAUGGUUACUUAACUAAAUAUGAUAAUUAAAUCGGCCCGAUAUAAGCGCGACAAUCUAUAUUACACUUAUGACUAUUUGAAGUUUGACCGGCCUGAUGCUAGGUUUCCGAUCAAAAGCCUCUGGUCUCCGUUGUCUAUCGGCUUUUAUGAAGUUGUUGCUUCAGAGGGGUACUGGUGUAAAGCAUGCCAAGGGAAUGCAAGGAAUAUGUAACAUCAGAAUCAAUAUAUACAUUAUAGCUAUU